GUCAUCAUUGAAAUAUACCUCUUAACAUUUGGAAAUUCUUUACAGAGAGAACCAUUUUACAAGUUAUUUAAAGUUGCAUGAACUGUAUAUCAGGAAGUCGGUUUGCGGGGUUCAAGAGAUGUCAUAUUUGCUCCUUAAACUUCUUGCUAUUUAUUCAGGCGCAUCGUGAGAAGUUCGCCGAUAAUACAAUUCAUGGCAUGAAUAUUUAUUCGCAUAGAAAUGACAGGAUUCGCAACAAUUAAGCACACACUGACACACAACGCUCACGAGGGUCGGCAUUUGAAGGAUGGACAUAGAAAUAAUUAUAUGACUUAUGGUGGCAUUAUGGCAAGCAUCUUUGUCAGCGUAACGUGAGGCUAAGCACUUAUGCCUGGAAACGCGGAACAACGCGGAACAACAGUUGCCAUUAUAGUAGGCACUUUUAUUAUAGUACAGCACGAACUUUUAAAAGACAUUCAACAGAAUAUAAUCACCCUGAGAUAUUUACCGUUGGCAGUCGUGAUCUGAAGCAAAGAUGGAAUUGUUGAAAAAGCUAUUCGAUACGAACUCACGGUUGCUGGCAAAAUCGAAGGCUAUAUUGCUGUUUACCUUGGUUGCAACCAUUGUCUUGAAUCUCGUUCUUUUCCUGCGAAUAUCUCAUCAAAAAAGUCCUGAUAUCGCCUACACAGAUCCCAAGGAAAUUUUUGCCGAAUUCAAGUUGUUCCAAGCGGUUGAAAACAAAAGCGUUGAUCUUGAAUCAAAAUCAUUCACAAGUGAACAUUAUCACGAGCAGCCGUUGGAACAGUUGCCCACAGAACCGCCCAUAACCAUUUCCCUCGGGGAUACGACACGAGGCCGCAAGUCAAGCUGCCCCUUGAUGACAAUACACAAAUCCGGAGGGUCACCCCUCAAAGAGACUGUCUGCCGCCCCCACCUGCCCGCCGAAGACGCUUGCGAAUUCGCCGCGAGAUUAUUCAAAUACCAACCGGCCAUCGCGAAAUGUCAGGACCAAAAAGAACCACCGCAUGAAUUGUGCCGCGUCACCGAAGUCCGUAACGGUGCUCGACUGUCCCCGCCCGAGGUCACCUGUGAUGCAUCCGUUUGUCUCGACACCGCUGACAUCAAAAUGCUGAUCGUUGACCCGUCCGAUGGAAAUUAUCUAGUGUUAGAACUACCCGGUAAUACAAGUAAUUCUGAGAUUGAAGACAUGGUAACGAAGGCGAUUCCUUUAACACGAAAAAAUGGAUACAACUUCAUGUUCAUCGAUUGUACUGGUAAAAAAACCCGACAAACGAUUUCACAAUUGUUGACUUUCAUACCGGACCAGAAAAUCCUUAAACCCGAGCAGAAACCGUCAGCGAACAAGAUUAAUGUGAAUGUGGUGUUAUUAGACUCGAUUUCUCGCCCGCACUUUUUUCGUUCUCUGCCGAAAACUGCGUCUUUUUUGCGGCGGAAAAGCGAAGAUUCGCAAUUUGACGCGCAUAUUUUCGACUUCGAGUUGUUUCAAUCCGUGCACGGACACACGCACGAGAACGAACACGCUUUGUUCGGAGGCGCGUUGUACCCGGAAAACCUCACGAAGUCCGAAAAGGAUAACGCGCCAACGAACAUGGAGAGACUCUUUGGGAUAUUCAAGGACGCCGGGUAUCAGACGAUGGCACAGAACGAUUUGUGUUGGAAAGGCUGGUAUGGCUUCUUGACGAGUUUCAUGGCAGAGAAAUGGACGAACCUGCAGGAAAUGAUGAGAAAAACAAUCGAUUCUUCAGGUCUAACAGACGCCUCGUGUAAAAUACUUGAACGCUACAAAGAAACAUCACCUUUUACCGACAACGAUGAUCAUCAGAUAUGCUACAACGGCAAACAUCAUCAUCGAUAUCUUUUUGAUAAUCUCGUGAGCUACCUGAAAGCUGUCACCACAGUUAAACCUUCAAAACCUUUGUUUUCCUACACCGAAACUAAUGUUGCACACGAUGACGUAGGCAUUCGAGUUCAAACUCUCGACAAUGAUCUCAUAGAUCUCAUAUACAGUGUCUCCCAACUCCCAAACACCUUUACGAUAAUCUAUGCAGACCAUGGAAACACCUAUACCGAAUACCAGGUAGAAAUGCUGGAAGGUCGCAUGGAAAUGUAUCAUCCUAUUAUGUUGGGAAUUUUACCCAAAAAACUCGGGAGGAAGUUUGGAAACAAUAUAGUGGAAAAUUUGAAAACAAACCAGCGUAGAUUACUUCAUCUUUUUGACAUCCGCGAGAGCUUGGUAGAACUAGCGAAGUAUGAUACUAAAUCAAGACUGAAUCCUGUUGGGAUAUUCGGGAAAAUACCGAAGGAUCGAACUUGCAACGACUUGAAAUUGAGCACACCGAAUAUCUGUAUUUGCGAGGGGUGGGACACACCAGUUGAAAACUCGACCGUGCAAGUGGCCUUGGCGGAGUUUGCUAUUGGUCAACUCAACAACCAAUUACAAGGCGCCCUUCUUGCAUCACGUCAGACAGAGCCCGAAGGAAAUGUCCCAAGAUCAAUCUUCGGCGCAUGUCAACGGUUACAAUUGCAAAGUAUUAAGAAUGCAAGACAACAUCCAACAGCCAGGGGAACCAUGGUGACAACGAUAGAUGUGAAAGUACAAUCGGGGAAUAUUGUGGAUCAAGAGGAACUUAUCACGGUUCAGGUGGAAUCCGCGCAAAAAGCAGAUAGAUCAUCUUUUGAUAUGAGAUUAGUGACAUACAGCAGAAUCUCUCACUACUCGAUAUAUGAACAAUGCGCUGAUCCUGGCCUGCCGUUAAACCUUUGCGUCUGCGACAAGCGCGACCCAAGAGGGAGGCCUCGGAACGAGACAGCCUACCAUCGUAUGCCAAAGAACACCAUAGUUCGCAAGCUGAAGCCUUGUCUGUCGCUUCUAAAACGACUUUACAGCGAAAACAAAGGCGAAGACGAUUACGUCGGGGUGGAGGUAUACGAAUUUGCCAAUACAUGCAACGAUAAACAGUUCACUGUCAAAAUCGCUGCUGAGGCAGAGAAUGUUCGUGCAUCAACGGAGCUGCCUAUCAAAAUUGUAUUGCCACCAAAGACGAUUUACUUUGGCACUCUUAUGAUGACUGAAGUCGGUUAUGUCAACCCAACAUUGAAGUUGAAGUUACACGUGAUUGUUGAGGAUGUGGACACGGGAAAACGCGGUAAAAGUGGUGGGAAUCAAGUGGAAAGAAGGGAUGAAAGCUUAAAGAGAAAAGUGGAUGUACGGUUAAAAGGCAAAAGAAAGGAAGUUUAAAAAACAAGAAGCGGUGAGGAUUGAGUUGUAAUUUAAUCCAGCUGGUUGCAAAUUUGAGCGGUUUAGGCCGUGCUCAAACUGGAGACACUUAUGUUUCAUCAUGAAAAACAGAGAUUGCUUCGGGAAAAUUACAGUGUGGAAGCAUGGGAAAUGUUUCUCCAUUCGAUAGGAAACAAUUUUGCAUCACGGAAACACUGCGACAAUCUCCCAACGGGUCCACAAACAAAAAAAAAACAUUUGAAUGCCAAUCACGAAUGAUUCCGCAUCAAUUCUUAGCUUUUCAAAAAGAGCAGAUGGUUCUGAUUAUCUUUAAAACACAGUCGUUUUUAUAAAAGAAAUAUAUUUAUUGAAUUAUAAUAUUUUUUGUAAAUAAUACAGUAUUUAAUUCAAGUGAUUGAUAUUAAAGGGGGAAUGCAAUUUUAUAUAUGGAGUGUUCUCGUGGGCUGAAAAAUCACAAAAAUCUCGGCGUAUGAAAC